AUCGAAUUCACGAUGUCAAUGCGUGCAGGCAUGCGUGAGCUGCCUGAUUAGGUCAGAGGCCUUUGCAAUGUGCAUUUUGCUAUAAGACACAUUCAUCUCCAGGCCUCAACACCAUUAUCUCCAUUCACACCAACUCCAAUCAUUCCUCAUUCACAAUCACAAUGGCGCGUACCGCACAAACAAGGGCCAAGCGUGGCGGCCGUCGCAACACAACAAACAACACGCGCAAUACACGCAAUCACAAAGAGAAUGACCUCGAAUACAUGGCUCUCAAGCAAGAGGCAGAGCGACGCGAGCGCAUCCUCGCUGACCGACGCCGAACUGCUGCCAAAUGGCGCCCCAAGAUUCCCGAAGUCCGAAAGGUCAACUUUGAGAACUUCAAGAACAGAUUCCAAGACAUCGAUGAGCCUGAUUAUGCCAUUGACGUUCUGAUGUCGGGUACUGGUACCCAGGCUCAGAUCCGUCGUGAGCAUGGUCUUCGUCGACGUGAGGAGAUGGCUCGUCUUCGUCAGAAGUACAUGUACUACCCUGGCGGUGGUGUCAAUGAGACGCCUCAUCGCAAGACUGAUGCCUAUGAGAAGGCUCGUCGCGAGAAGGAUGGUCAACCGUCUUCAGACUCAGAGAUCCAGCGCAUUCGCAUCCAGUCCCAACCUAUCUUGGGCCACUUGACAGCUCUUAUGAACGACACCGAGAAGCGAUCGUCUCCCCGAACAUUUAUGCGACCCUUCAAGACUCUGGUUCACUUCCAACCCAAGAUGCGAGAAAUUCUUGCGACUCUUGAGGACAAGUGGGCUGACUUUGAGGACAUUGGUAGCGAAAGCUCUGAGGUUGUCGACGUCGCUGAAGAGACUGAGGCAGAGGUUGUCGUUGACGAGGAGGAGACAGCUGAAGAUGGCGAUGAUGUCGCUUCUCAAACAUCUGAGGCUUCGAGCAUCGAGUCAGUCGACUCCGACGCCGAUGAAGACUACGACAAUCUGAUGGACAGUCCCGAGGCGCUCCGCGACAUGCGAUGCUACGUUGACUUCGUCGACAAGGAAGUCCUUCCUCUUUACAACCGCUUCGAGGGCUCUACCGCCGACCGCGUUAAGUUCGAUGAUCUCUGGUCGCUCUUCCGCGUCGGCGACCUCAUUUAUAUGCCUGCAUCUGGUGAGACCGGCGGCCGCUACCACGAAAUCUGGCGUGUCUACAAGGUCCGAAGCCCCGAGCCCGAGACAUCAUAUCCCACCUCCGGCUGGGACUUCUUCGCAGACGAGCAACAGAUCGACGAGAACUCCAAGUUCAAGAUCUCCGCUUAUUACAUCGAUCACGAUGGCAACACCUUUGGCGCUGUCCGACGCAAGUUUGAGAUUGAGUCGUUCAUUGGAGAGCGAUCAAUUGACUCCCUCGAGGCCUUCCCCAUCCGAUACCGCCACGAUUAUAAGCAGCUUCUCAGCUCAAUGCAAGACCAGGGCCGCAAGUUCAUCAACUACUUGGAUGAUCGCCACCAGCAAUACAGCGCCUGGACUCUGACCAGAAACCCUCCUUCUCACCGCACCGAGCCCGAAGAGGAGAUCCUCGACAACGAGGACUAUGAGAAGAUGCGACAUCCUGAGUUCGUCGAGAGCGACGUUAUUGUCGACCUUACAGAGGCUUACCAGAAGAUGCCUGACUGGCGCCCGCGAUUCCAUCAGCUCACGAUCAACAAGUCUUCACGGUGCGAGAUCAAAGACGACGAGAUGCCUAUCCAGCAUUGGUUCAACGGUACCCGCCAGAACCUAGCCUACUCCCAGAACGAGAUCAUCCAGCACGCCGAUGGUGUUGAGGCCCGUCAGCGAAGGGACAACCUUGCCGUUGACGCUUUCCUCCGCGUUCGCGUCAAGGGCAGUCGCACCUUUGAGACCAACCCCAAGGCUUUGGAGCUUCGCGACGAGGACCUUGUUCUUCUUCCCAAGCGCAUGUUUGCCUACGCUCUUCGUGAGCGUCGGUUCUUGCCAAUUGAUCUCAACGUUCUUAAGCCCGUGCGACGCGAGCCUGGUGUCUUUGAGAACCUCCGCAUUCAGAGCGACUACAAGGAUGUCGUGCGCGGACUUGUCAUGUCACAUUUCCAGCGAAAGGUUCUUGAGCGCAAGUAUGCCGAUGCCGCGACUGAGGGACCUAGCCAGGAUCUGAUCCAGGGCAAGGGUCGCGGUCUCGUUGUGCUUCUGCAUGGCGUUCCUGGUGUCGGAAAGACCGCUACUGCAGAGGCUGUCGCUAUGGAGAACCGCAAGCCGCUGUUUGUCAUCACUUGUGGUGACCUCGGUCUUACACCUCAUGAGGUUGAGUCUUCUCUGAAGAACGUCUUCCGCCUCGCUCAUCUCUGGGACUGUGUUCUUCUGCUCGACGAGGCGGACGUGUUCCUCACUCAGCGAUCCAAGCAGGACAUGAAACGUAACGCUCUUGUGUCAGUCUUCCUCCGCGUUCUUGAGUACUACAACGGUCUUCUGUUCCUGACUACCAACCGAGUCGGCACAAUCGACGAGGCCUUCAAGUCUCGUAUUCACCUCUCCCUGUACUACCCUCCUCUAGACAAGACUCAGACACGCGACAUCUUCCGCCUUAAUAUCGGCAAACUCAAGCAGAUCGAGGCCGAGCGCCACCGCAUGACUGGAGAACCGGCCCUCGUCAUCAAAGAGAACGAGAUCAUCGACUUUGCCGCCAAGCACUACGAGGAACUCGCCCGCUCAACUGGAUGCUGGAACGGUCGACAAAUCCGAAGCGCGUUUCAGAUCGCCUCCAGUCUUGCCAUUCACAACUACGCCAACCAAGCCGAGACAGCUCGAUCCCGUGGCCAGAGCCCUCCUGCGGCUCCUGUUCUCGACAGGACUUGGUUUGAGAAGGUUCAGAUGUCGACGCAGAGCUUUGAUCGGCACAUGAAGAAGGAGGCUGGUAGCUAUGACUCUGAGAUGCCGAUGCGAAGCACAUUCCAGGAGAGCAAGUUUGACUAAGAUCAGGUAUUCUACAGCUGGACUGGGAAGAUGAUUGAUCACGACUGUUGAUGUUGUUUCUAUCUUUUGGCGUUGGUAGCAAUUGUGAAAAACUUACAGCAACAUUCUUUGAGUCCGAGAUGAACAAUACGAUGCAAUUCACGUAAAAGCGCACCAGCCUCUGGAACUUUAAAACAGAUUAACCAAACCUCUGGCUUUUCUUUCACCUGUUUUUCAUUUCACUGUUCACAAUUAAUCGCUUUGCCAGCGUUUUAUUCUGCUCGUUGGACUGAACCGGCCUAACCUAAACACUCUCGCUUGUCUUCAGUUCAUUGAGAUGUCAAUGUUCAGCAACC